UUCUGUUGGCUCUGGCAUUUGGUGUGGGGUGUUGUUUUUUGCUACAGGUGUUGUUGGAAUGUUUGCAGCAUCUAAGAAGUCAAAUGGUUUGAUAAUUGCAGUUAUGGUGUUGUGUAUCCUCUCAGCCUGUGCAGCUGGCAUUUUAGUAAUGUUGUCAGGGCCUGGUAUAGCGUAUGAUGUCCGUCAUGAAAAUUACCCACAUUGUUGCACAGGGAACUCAUACCAGACAGUGUCUUCCAUUGAUCAAAGUGGGAAAAUCUCUUACCGCCUUAUUGCCCGUCCGGACUGCUAUGAAUGUGACCCUCACAAGCAGGCCAAGAUUGGGGUGCAAUCCUUUUUGAUUGCUGUGGCAAUAUUUGAAGCCAUAGCAGCAAUUUGGGCCUCUGCUCUAUGCUGCAAAACAGUGUGUAUGUGCUGUAGUGAACCAGGGGCAUACUCCUAUGGCAUGCCCAUGCAGGUUCAGUAUGUCACUGGCCCAGUGGGUGGAAACCACCAAGUGUUGUUUGUACCAGCACCAGGAGCUCCCCCUGGUAUGUUUUCUGCAUUGCCACAUGGACAAGUGGGAUAUGUGAUGCAGACAGGUCCUGUUAUGGCUGGUGUUCCUAAUCAACCCCAAGUGUACGCUUACCCAGGAGUCCCACAGCUAACACCAGUCCAAUUACAGCAAUAUCAGCCACAACAACUGCAACAACAAGUGGGUGCAGAGCCUUCUGAACCUACUGCUGCUGGACAGGUGCCACAGGAGAAUUGCUCCAAACAACAGGAGAGUUUGGGUUAAAUUUUCAUUGCUUGAUUGAAGCAAUGUUAAUUCAUAUAUGGACAACAUGCCAGUACUCCGUGUGCCAAAUUAAUAGACUGGAGUAUGGUACUCCAAAUUUCACAAGAAGAGCACCAUAUCUUAGAGAUUCUGCUGUACUGGUAUGCUUUGAAAGACUGACACCUUGAUAGUCUCGGUAUUGCAUAAGAGGGCCACCUAAACUGAGCUCCUGCAAUUGACAUGACCAAUUAAUUAACUUCUGUCUAAAGAGCAGGAAGUGAACUUAUAAAAGUCCCUGAAGUGUAAUCACAUGGUAGCCAGUCUCAAAGCACACUGGUACAGGUAAAAUAUUGCUUGAUGUGAAAUGUCCUUUAGGCUGUUUGCUUGUUUAAUAGCUUGUAUGUAAGCCACCACUACAUUUAAGUUAACUAGACCAAACUGCAAUUUAGAGUAUCAGUUUUUAUUAAUGUACUGUAUUUUACUUCAUUACAUGUACUUAAAAAUGAGGAAAACCAUAAGUUGCUUAAAAUAAUCUUGUAUGCAAAUUUGCAAAGUACUAAACAUUUUGCUAACAUUUUUCACUUACAUGUA